AUGACCAACUACAGCGACGUCAAUGUGCACGCACUCGAGCAUCGCGAGGCCAAGCCAUCUCAAGGAGACCCAUCACAACCCGUGUCAGAGCUUUUUCGCCUGGACAAGCGAACAAUUAUAAUCACCGGCGGGUCAGGGUUUCUUGGAACGACCCUCGCAAUCGCCAUGUUCGAGAGUGGCGCCGAUGUAAUUUGCCUCGAUCUUGCCGAGACCCCCACAGCCUCAAAUUGGGGCGAGGUCGAAGCAGCUGCAAAGAAUACCAAAAGUCAGCUCUCAUACUACCAGCUCGAUGUCACCGAUGAGAACGCCAUCCAUGCAACAUUUGCCAAGUUCAUUCCCACACUCAGGUACGCCUUGAAGGGGCUGGUCACCUGCGCAGGUUUAUCUCGAAAUGGCCCUUCAACUGAAUUCUUAGCCUAUUCCUUCCGUCGCAUCCUUGACAUUAACGUGACCGGCACAUUUCUGAUUGCCCAAGCAACUGCCAAAGAGAUGAUGAAGGCGAACACGUCCGGGAGCAUUGUCUUCGUGGCCAGCAUGAGUGGAUACGUGUCUAACAAGGGCGUCGAUACUGCCGGGUAUAACGCAUCGAAAGCCGCAGUUCACCAGUUAACACGCUCUUUGGCGGCUGAAUGGGGCUCACGUAUUGGCGUGCCGCUUAUCCGAGUCAACUCCCUCUCUCCGGGAUAUAUUCGUACUGCGGCGACCGCAGAGGCGUUGCAGAAGCCGGGCAUGGAAAGUCAAUGGGUCGGCGAUAAUAUGCUUUUCCGUCUUAGCACGGUGGACGAGUUCCGUGCUCCGGUGCUGUUCAUGUUGGGCGAUGGUAGCAGCUUUAUGACAGGUGCUGAUCUGCGCGUGGAUGGAGGACAUUGCUCAUGGUAG